UGUUUCCCUGGGGAUCUGGACUAGCAUCAUCAGCUCUAAGUGCAGAGCAGGCUAGAAGUCAUGCUGCUAUGGACACAGGGAAGACUUGAAACAGCAUGAGGCAGCACAGAGACUGAUCUCUUUAGCUGAACAAAGAAAUCAAGUUAGCUUCCCUCCUAUGCUCUUGCUGUAAAAGAAAGAAACGCCACUCGCCAAUGCCGCAUUUUGGGCUGCAAGAAAAGGAAACCUGGCUCUUCUCCAGCUGCUGCUGAACAGUGGGCGAGUAGAUGUAGACUGCAAAGACAGUCUUGGCACAACAGCUCUGAUGGUUGCAUCUUAUUAUGGUCACAUACACUGUGUACGGGAAUUGAUAUUGCAAGGAGCAGAUAUCAACCUGCAGAGGGAGUCAGGUGCAACUGCUCUGUUCUUUGCUGCACAGCAAGGCCACAAUGAUGUGGUGAAGUUUCUCUUUGAAUUUGGAGCCUCCACUGAAUUUAAGAACAAGGAUGGAGGUACCGCUCUUCUAGCUGCUUGUCAGUAUGGGCAUGCAAAAGUAGUGGAAACUCUGUUGAAACAUGGUGCCAACAUUCACGAUCAACUUUAUGAUGGAGCUUCUGCAAUUUUCUUGGCAGCUCAAGGAGGCUAUCUGGAUGUCAUCCGAUUGCUGCUUUCUUCAGGAGCAAAAGUUAACCAGCCACGGCAGGAUGGGACUGCACCCUUGUGGAUUGCAUCGCAGAUGGGCCAUAGUGAAGUGGUGCGAGUCAUGCUGCUCCGAGGAGCUGAGCGGGAUGCUGCGCGGGAUGAUGGUACAACUGCUUUACUAAAGGCUGCAAUUAAAGGGUACAACAAUGUGAUAGAAGAGUUACUGAAAUUUUCUCCCACUCUUGGUCUGCUGAAGAACGGUACUUCUGCCCUCCACGCAGCUGUUCUGAGUGGCAAUGUUAGGACAGUGGCAUUGCUCCUGGAAGCAGGAGCAGACCCAUGCCUCAGGAACAAGGCAAAUGAACUGCCAGCAGAACUAACCAAAAAUGAACGUAUUCUCCGACUCCUCCGCUCGAAGGAAAAGCAAAGGAAAAGCUAAUGCAGAGAAUGUGGUUUGGCAGAGUUGUGCCCCGAUGAUAUUAGCAUGACAGUAAUCCUAGAUUGCCCAAGAAGGGCUUUUUGGAACAGUUUGCAGAACUGAUCAGCCUCUCCAGUAUAUGACUGCGAAUGUGUGAGGCCCUUGCCAGGGAGCCACCAUGCCCUUGGGCCUCCACCUGGCAUCUCUGAACUCAGAAGGAUGACAACAAGAGCAGGGUUUGGCCUGAGAGCAAUGUUUGCAUACAGCCUUGCCUACACUCCAGGGUCCUACCAGUGCUGGCACUGACUUUAGCUCCUCCAUGCCUGCAGUGUGUGCAUCCCCCCCACACCCAAGUGCUCCCAGUGUUUCAAAGACACAUUUCCACACUGGCAUGGCAACACGCCUGUGAUGAGUGCCUCGGGGUGCACUUGUGGGUUGGGAGCGCUCAGCCCUUGUGCCAAAAGGACACCCAGGUCUUGCAGCUGUUUGGAGUCAGUUGGUCCCCAUGGUGCUGCUGCAAUCCCUUUGCUGGCAGUGCUAGCCCUGCCAAUUCCUCUGUACCACCAAGUGCCACACAGGGCUAGAGGGACAUCCCAUCUGUGACAUCCCAACAGGAAAAGUCCUCCUGCCAGCCCAGGGCUUUAGUAACAUUUUGGUUUCUAGGUCGAACUUUGUAAAAUGAUCCAGAGCUUUAUGAAUUAUGACAGAAGAUACCAAACAAAUAAUAACUAAAGUGAUUUCCUCCUUGAUGUAGCAUCUGGACUGAUUUCUCUGUCCAGCAACAGAGACACAGUGGGUCAGUGUGAAGCAUUUUGCAAUGUGAAUGCACUGCUGUGGGAAAGCAUCCCCAGCCCUACAGCAUACAUACCUGCCUUUCCUCAGGCAGGAGAGGAUCCAAUUACUGAGCAGACCAUCUAUGCUAGAAGUUUGGCUUGUCAGACACAACAGUACAGAUGCUCUACAAGUAAUCUAUAUAUGUUCUGCAUGCCCUUCCCUGUAAGUUGCACUAUGGUUUGAUGUCCACAACUACUAUGCAAUGCACUCGUUCCAAAGUCUGUGAUGGGAGUUAAUGGAGAAGUUCACAGCAUACAGGUGUUUUAACAGCUGGUGAGAGGGUUACAUGUAGCCACACAUGAACAGGCCCACUGAUGAAUGUGGGCCUGGAAAAUGAACCCUCAACAGCAAAUCUGGCCCUUUUUUUGUGGCUGAGAUGCUUAGAAUGAGAUGUGGUACUUGGUGCCUAUGUGCAGAAGGCAGUGCAAAUUGUUAAGGUGUUGUAAAGAGCUGUUAAAACCAUAUUACUGUAAGUUGCUACAUUAAAACCCAGUCAUCUCUGCAGUGUAAAAACAUACUAAGUCCUGUUAACCACAAACACAGAGAUUUUACAGUGAGUUGGGGUAUAAUGUCAAUCCAGUAUAUAUGUCCAGGCACUUCACUUGUUCACUUGCUUAAGAUGUUGAGGACAGAAAAUCAUAAGGAAACAAAAAGUAUGCUCUGCUUUAAAAAUGCCUGGCUAGGAUUUAGCUCCAUUUUUUGCACUUCAGCAUCUGGAGGGAAAAGAAUAGAUUAGUGAGUUUGCACAAAGAAAUGUAGUUUACAUAGAGCAUAUUAGCCAUAUAUAUUGCUAAAGCAUAAAGUUCUUGUGAGUGAGUGAACUCUGGGAAGUCAAGGUUGGAUGAAGAGAGUGGUGAACUUUGCUUGGCAGCUGAAAUUUCUCUUGAUCUUCUAUUCAGCAUUAGAAAGGAAGGCUUUCAGUUUUCCAACAGUGUAGGCAACACCAGAAAAAAAAGCAAAUCUAAUUGUUUAGGUAGUACAUGCUGCUGUAUUUUUUAGUUAAAAUCAUGUUGUGCCUCACAGAAACUUGCAGAUGAAUUAGUACAGAACCAGAGAAUUAUGCAAGACGUGUUGAGGAUGAUUGUAUCCAGGUUUCAAUCCUUUGAAAGACUGAAAAAAGAAACUGAGCAGGUAGAGAAAUGUUGAGAGCCUUAUUGAGCAAGUUUGUUGCACAGCAUUUUACAAGACUGUAACUCUAACUUGUUUAAUAAGCAGUGCUGGAGGGGAUGGGUUUAUGUGGAGACCCCAGCAGGUUGAAGGUGAAUGUACUGUUCUGGAGAAAGCUACAGGAUCUCUAGGCUGCCUUGCCACAACACUGAUACUUCUCCCUAAAUUGUCUUCAUAUAAACAGUUGGAAAACAAAACAAAACAAAGCAAAACCACAUUCUUAAGAUGAAAAGCCCUGUCGUAGUUGUAAAGGGGAAGGAGAAUCACUGGAGGGCCUCCAGUAGCCUCCUGCCAAGUUCAAGUAGUCUCACCCUAAUAGGGACAGCUACUCUGCAAAAGAACUACUUGAGCUAUGCCUGCCCAUUGGAAAAUGCUCCCCCCUGUUCACAGAAGGACUUUCCAAGUCCUGUUUCCUGCUGCCCCCACAACUAGCUACUGCAGCCUAUGUUCUAAUGCAGCAGGUGAAGAACAUCUGGGAAGACGCAUCCCAUAUGGAGUAUCUGAUGGCCUUUUGAGGGGAUGCAGUUACUAGAUCUCCUUUUCUGAGCAAUGUUGGGCUUAUGACAGGCUUUUCUUAUUUCUAAAGAAUAUUUAAAAUGUGGUUUUGCCACAGUUUGAAGGGAGAGGCUCGUAGCUCCCUUUAGGCCCUCCUUAAAUGCUCAGUGGUAAGGUUCACAGACUGUACAAUAUGGUAGAGAGGCGUCAGGAAAACCUUUCUCUGCCUUGUCCAGGAUGAAGUUGAUUCUGGCUUCAGCCAAGACCCUCUUCAUCCAGCUUGGGAUUUUUGGGCAUGAAGACCUUCUGGUAUUUGAUUCGUCUCAGAGCCUUUGAAGAGAGGGCUGGAUUUGGCUUUGAGUUCUCUGUAACCUGGUGCUUAUUUUGGCUGUAGAUGGGCUUGGAAGUUGCAAUACUGUUUACCACCAUGCAGUUAACCUUUUCACAAAGAAACCUUAAUAAUUCUUAGUGUUUGUGUAAUCACCGUUAUCUUUAAAGUGCUCAGUAAGUACUGCUGUGGUUUGUUUGUUGUUCUAAAACGGAAACCUGCAUUCUCUACCUGGCUGAAUGAUUCGUUGAUAUCGACAGUAGCUCUUUACAUUGCUGUAGUGCCUUUUGUGUAAGGGAUUCAAAGUGCUCUGCAGGCACAAUCGUCUCUGGAGGUUCCAAACUGCAUUUCUGAGGUAGGCAGGGAAAUAGAUGAUUUCAUUCACACACCAAUCAAACACAGCAGCUGCUCACCAGUUCACAUUAAUAGGCAAGAAUAAUCUUAGAGUAGAAAUGAAGGGGCACCAAAUCCACUUCAUUGCUGACAGGAGGAAGGUAGGUACUGGAUAAGGACAUGAAGUAGAAAUGGGACAGAAACCAACUAAAAUGCUUUCAUUUUCAAGAAGUGUUGUAAAUAUAUGUAUCACAGAAAACAACAGUGUCAGUAGCACAGUGCUUUUAGGCUUGUCUCUGCAUAUUGAGAGGCCUAUCCUGCUCCCUAUCUAGGAUUUAUGUAGGUAUUAUGGGCUGCUGACUUCAGCUGCAAGGGAAUACAAAGCCUGUGCAAGAACAAGCUCCACAUGAGCCAAGGAAAAAUAUAAAGCUUUGUGCCUGUAUUUUGAUAUCUAGCCAUUGUAAGAUGGAGAUCGGCACAAGGAAGGACCUGUGGGUACAAAGAGAACUGGCAUUCCAUCAGAGACUUGGUAGUGGUAUGGCCUCGGAGAUCACAGAUAUAUGGAGCCCUUUAUGUAGGAUGAUCACUGCUGUGUAAUGUACAGGGACAGGUUCUUGGGUUACAAAAGGUAACGUUGUACCUCCUGACCUAAUGCCACUUCUUGCACAUGCCAUUCUCUCCCUGGAGGAAAAUUACCUUGCUAUUGAUCCACCCACCUUUGUUUAGAUUAGAAGAGCUGAGAGGAUCAGAGCACCAGAUGAAAUAGCCGCAGGUCAGACUUAAUGCACUUUAACAAUCAUUGUUUGUCUCACUUAUUCAGCCAAUCAUAGUGACUACUGGAAAAUCAGUAAGUAAAUCAAAUUUCGUGUUGUCUUGGAAGUUUCAGAAUUGUACAUAAAACGAGGUAGCACAAAAAACUGUCCCGUUUGUCCUUCACUUAAUGCAAAUGCUGAACAGACACAAAAUACCACUGUUGUUUGGAACCCCUGUCAUUACCCCAUGCUCCAUGAGUCAACGGUGUUAAAAUGCUGAUGUAUGCUAAUAGUCCAACCAAAGUUCAUACACAUGGCUCUUUCUUCCAGCAUUGGAGUAACAUACUGCACACACGGGACUAAAUAGAGUCGUGCCUUCUCACAGCAGCUCUAUAUUCAGUCCUUUCAAAUGUCAUCUUAGUUUCAUACUUGUCUGAAUUCCAGUUUCUUUUGACCUGCCCUUCUACACCUUCAAUAAACCUACAUAAAUGUAACGCAGCGUAAGCCUGAUGAUACUUUAAAACGAGAAUGUUGCUUUGCUGAAACAUAUUUUUCCAUACCACUGUUUCAAUAAAAACGAAUACAUUACUCAGCUCA